AUGGCGACUUUGAACGGGUGGGACGGUAACAGCAAGGUACGAGGACCUAACUAUAUUAGCAAUUCAGCAUCCACCAGUUGUUUUCGUUUAAAUGACGUUUACUCCUUUGAAGCGAAUGGCGAAGCGCAAAAACAGUUAAUCAGUAAAAGUAAACCAAUAUGGACAUGUCGGGAAUGUGGCAAAACGCUGUCUUCUAAACGUUCUUUCGACGAACACUCAAACAUUCAUAGCCAGUCGAAACCGUUCGCAUGUGAACAUUGCGACUUUGCCGCAGCCAGUCAAAUGACAUUAAGACGACAUAACUUGCGUUUUCACACACCACGGCAAAGUUGGGGGUAUAAGUGCCCUUACUGCAGUGAGCUUUAUAUGGAACCUGCUAGUUAUCAACAACAUGUUGCGUCUCGACAUUUUGGCAAAUCUGCUACAUUUGGUUGUCCCUCAGCUGGUUGUUCGUUUACUACGAGAUGUUCUGGUCAUUUCAUAUCACACGUAUCGAAGCAUUCGAGGAUGAAUAUCAGUUUAUCUCGCAUUGCCAGCACGCCCUUAGAACAAUUUAUAGUUGACGACAAAUUAGGUGGUCCUGAGUUUGCUUGUCAAAUCUUAUUUCUCUUGCCUAAUUUUUAUCUUUUCCGUUUAGGCGUCGGUUAUGGGAAGCGACCUUUGAAAAAGAUAGUAAGACCAAAUUUCAUCCGGAAGGUUCUCUCCAGUGACACGGCUUUUAAAGAUUAUAUGAAAACUCCUAUAAAUUUUGCAAAGGUAUUCUUUUUGUAG